AUGCCCGUGCGUGGCUUCGUAGGGCCGCAGUACGGGAAUGUGGGAUUCAGGUACGGGUACAUCGGCGUUCAACCAGACCCCAUGCUGAACGCGCCCGAAGCUGUCGCGACGCCUCCGGUCGCGCCGUCAACCCCAUUCCCCAGCGCGAUUAAACCGGAAAUCCAGGCACCAGUGCAAGCCCCGCGUGACCGCAUAGAACCAUUACAGAUGGGUGUGGACACCCCUGCGCGUGCAGACGGCCCUUCGACGGUCGCGGUUCCCGAUGGUUCAGUGCGUGCGGAGAAUGUUGGAGCGGGGAUGAAUGCCAGCGCGCGUGCACAUUCGCCGCCAAUUUGGAAUGUGAACUCGCUGUUGCCGGGAAACCCGGACGUCCACAUCCGCACCCCCGCGCAACCGACAGCAGCGGACGAGAACUGUGAAGGUGAACAACCACAGGCGAACGCCCGGAACGAGGUACGAGGAGCGCGUGCAGGUGGUAACGCGGGAAGCGGAAGAGGGACUGGUGCAAGGGGUAACGCGGGAAGAGGAAGAGGUGCAGUUGCGAGAGGGAACGCGGGAAGAGGGACAGGUGAGAGUGCGAGAGGUGCUAGAGGAAGGGGUGGGAGAGCGAACGCAGGACGUGGGACCGGUGUGGGACGGAACGGAGGUAGUGCGAACGGGCGGAGCGCGCCUGGGGUGUUAGGCAACGGAGGCAGAGAUAUCGGUGGUAACGCGACCGGAGGUACCGGGAACGUCCCAGUCAGUAGACCGCAAGUAAGGAGGCGGCGAGUCGAAGUCGCGCCUCACACGGCACGCCUCGGAUCGCGAGAGGGUAACGAGGGGGAAAGCGAUGAGGAUGACGAGGAGGACGCUGAAGAUGAGGAAGAUAGUUGGAAUGAAGAUGACGAAAACUCGUUGUCCGCGCUCAACGAGGGGGAGGAGGAAGACAACGAACGAGUGCGGGGUACGCGAACGGAUUUGGAGGUUCCCAUCGCGGAUUGGAACCGGCUUGGUGUGGACGACACGCCGGCCGCGAAAAAAGAGGUGUGCAUGGGCAUCCUCUACGGUGUCUCUGAAGCCACGCUGAAGAAAUAUCGCGGUUGGGCAAGAGAGUACAAGCUCUUCAUGGCGCACGAGCUGCCGAAGCUGGACGCGAAUAGGUUCGGUGAGGAGGCCGCGUUGGAAAACGCGAACCCCGACGAGAUCGGGGCCGCGCUCGAGCAGGACAUGGGUGGUGACUGGAAGAUGGCGAAGGGCGACGAGCAGUGGUUCUACGGCCCUGAGACGAAUCCGUGGAGGUUACGCAAAUACGUGACCUUCCUCGCGAACGAGACGGUCGCACAGGCGGACAGGAUGGCCACACUCAAGCGGCCCGACAAGACCCUGAAGAAGAGACGCCAGUGCUCCCCUGCAAUGCUGAUGGGGCGUCUCAAGGCUCUGAACAUGCUCAUCAAGCUGGACGGGGCCAUCUUCAGGAAGCCGGUUUUGAAUCUCCUGCGCGACUUUGCGGAGUGUCGCAUCUGGGUCCGCGUUCAAGUCCGCGACCAGUACAAGCGGUUCAUCGCGUAA